AUGACUGAAAAAGGAUAUGAAGGUGAACAAUCUUCACCUUCAUGGGAUAUACCUGGACCUUCGUCUCUAGCUGCUAUUCUGGACACAGUUUUCACAUCUUCUUCAGACAACCAGCCCAGAAAUGAAGAAAUGGAGUGUGAUCCAUUAUUUGCGGAGAGUGAUGAUGAGGUAGAGGUUCUCCCAGCUGUCGCUGAGCCAUUUUCAUUGCCUAGAAAUGAGUCAACACCUAAAAAUGCAGUUUCUUCUGAUUAUAUAAAUUCUACUUCAACAAAUCAAUCAUACAUAGUGAACAUACCCCUGUCACAUCUUGGAUCAUCCCACACCCCUGUACCUGAAGAGUAUCAGCCUUUACCUGAUAGUUCAAGUUCCUUGGAUUAUGUUCUAGGAGGGACUAAUGCAGAUAGCACCAAUACCAAUGUUCAGAGAUUUUCAGAUAUAAAUAUUCGCUAUCAACCUAAACAAUUUCAUCCCCAACGUGACUACUAUUAUCCUCAUUAUAGACAUUAUGGCCAAAAUGCAGAAGGAAGAGAAUAUUUAUUGGCCCCACAUUCUAACAAUAGAAUAGUACACAAUGAACCUAGAGGUUAUUCAAACCAACCUAUAAAUUACACAGUACAUUCUACCCCUCAACAAUUGCAAGAUGGCAUGCACAGGGGAUAUGAAAACUUACAACCCAAUUUAAAUGAUAAUUAUAAUCACAUCUCACCUGUAGAUAACAGUUAUGUCAGUAACAAUACCCAAAAUAGCUUAGAAAGACCAAGUCGCAAGUUAAAUAUCUCUCCUCGUAGAAGACAGUCAAAAGGUAAUGAGGUCAAUUUAAACUUGAUAGAAGUGAGUUCAGAAGAGGAAGAUAAUGUCACUGGACCUAGAAAGAGGCAAUGUGAUAGUGGUGCUGGAUAUUCAGCUGCUAAUCCUCAAUUGGAGGUUUCUACUAGUGAGAGUAGUAGUAAUUCCAUUACAUCUCAUAGAGUAGAUAUUAAAAGAGAGCCUACAGGACAAGCUGACGUGUCUACUCAAUCUGGAGGUGAUGCUGAAAUAAAUAGAACACAAAAUGAAAAUGUGGUAAAUAGUCCGAUUAACAAUCACUGUAGUCAUGUACCAGUAAAUACUCAGCAAAGUUCUCAUUGCAGACAGAAUAACCCAACUGUUCCCGUAAAACAAGAGUCCCAAACUCUUCCAAAUACAAAUCCUCAUUUCAGUUCAUGUGGUAUAGAACAUGCACAUAGGAACUGUGGACAUGAUUGCAAUAGACACAGCCCAGGCCAUUUCAAUGUCCCAAGUAGACCUUACCAUCACCACCACCAUCAUCACCAUCAUCAUCAUCACCAUAGAAUUUUCAAGUGUUCAUGUAAUAACUCCAAUUCCACAAACAUGAAUAAUCCAAACAUCAAAGAAGAGCCUGGAAGGCAAACAGCAAAUGUGAAGUUGGAACCAGACACACAACCCCCAAGUGAUGAAGAAGUCCAGCAGUUGCCAGCUGUAAGAACUAUUAAAACAGAAUCUGUGAGCCAGUGUCCAGUUAAAACAGAGCCAGGUAGCUCAAAUCGGCAUAGAAAUGUAGAAAGCAAUAGUAAUGUGACUGUUAAGUCAGAAUCAAACCCUCUGGGUAAUACAAAUCAAAGGUGUUGUGGUAUAGGUGGUGACAGAAAAGUUAAAGAAAUAUCACCUCAACCUGGAACUAGUGCAGAAAGGUCAUCAGAACUGGAAAACGGAGCUGCAAAUAGCAGUAAGGAUCAGGAAACACAAUAUGAAAAUUUAUCAGAAAGGAGAAUGGAAAAUGCUGGUCUGUCAGCUCCCGACUUACAACUUGAUUGGCUUUCUGACAGCAGUUCUGAUGACGAUGUUCAAGUGUUAGGAGAAGAAAAUAAUCAACAAGAAGUGAUUGAUCUGACAAGUUCUCCAAGCGUGGGCGUGUCAGAGGAAUCGCCGAAUCACGCGUCGCCAGUAUGCACGGAGUCACAAUCACAGUCGCAGCCACAAACACAGUCAUCCGAGUCACAGUCACAGUCACAGUCAUCGGAGUCAUUUGCAUCGCGUCCGUUGCCGCGGAUGGUCGGGCCGGCGCGCCGCUCGCCGUACGGAAGCGCGCGGCUCCUAUAUGACGCGCCUCCCAGGACCAACGACACGCCCGUCUACCAGCAUAACCCGCAAGUACCGCAUCAUCCCUUCGUCCGUACCCGAGUACGCGUUGGCACUUGUAUGGUGGCGUGCCCGACGUGCUGCUGCGCGCCCAACGCGCACACGCACGUGCCCACUACGCACGCCACGCCGCCGGCUGCGCACCUUGGUGACCGACGUCGUAGCUCAAUGCCCAUAGCGCCACCGUACCUCGUCCAUGAGCGCUUGUGGCAUCGACAACAACACAUGCUGGAAGUACAAAGGCGGAGUAUGAUGGGUGACAUGGGUGCGGGCCUGGGGUCCGGACUGAAUCCAUACUCGCCCGCCUACACUGCUUCUCCACGUCCCACUACAUAUUUCUCGUUUCCCGAUGAAUUUGAUCAAAAUGAUGGAGGACGAAUGCCUAUGAUGUUAGACGGCCAAAAUGUUCAUCAUCAUAUGCAUCAUCACCUGCAGAUGAACCCCUCACAUUUGCAUAUAUCAAUCCAGCCAUCAGUAAUGGGUCCCUCGUUAUCGCUAGCGGCACACAUGGCAGCAAUGGUUCGAGCCGCUUCCGCUUCAGAGGCAAGACGUUCUUCCCGGGGGGCCUCCAGAGCAGUGAUCGAACGCAAUACGUACAGACACGCAUACGCCCGGCCAGCGCCACACCACCAGGACGAGAAAUGCACUAUCUGUCUAUCUGUGUUUGAGGUGGACUCGGAUUGCAGACGAUUGCCGUGCAUGCAUCUAUUUCACAUGGAGUGCGUUGAUCAGUGGCUGAGCACCAACAAACAUUGUCCCAUCUGCCGCGUUGACAUCGAAACACACUUGAACAAAGAUGCAACAUUUUAA